AUGCUGGCUCGGGAGAUGGGGCUGGAUGCCGCAUGGCUUGGGCGCACCCGGCCGCGACUGUGGUUGUAUGUCGUCCAGGAGUCCAAGCACGUCCUGGGGGCGGUCUGGGCGGAGCGACGGCUCGUCCGCCUGGCCGCUCAGCCUUCAGACGACCAUCCCACUCAGGGGCACUCGCCGCCGGGCCACUCCCAUGUCGGCGUGCGCGCGGUGUGGGUGCGCGCCUCAGCGCGCCGCAGAGGCGUCGCCAGCCGACUGCUGGAGGCGGUGCUGGGGGUCGAUGCCGCGCUGUCCUGUCGACUGCCGAGAGGCAGGCUGGCGUUCACAGACCCCACGGCCGACGGGCUGGCCUUUGCGCGCGCUUUCCUGGGACAGGCCGGUGCAUUCGAGCCGCCGCGGUACACAGACACGGGGGUGCAAGCGGAGUGA